CUUGCUGGCAGUGAACUCUAGCGAACGGAGACGAACAGAGAUGUCAUCGUGGCAAAGGCCACCAGUGAUUGAUUGAUGGGGUCGGGAUAAUAUGUAUAUAAGUGGCUUUCAGCUCCCAACCAAUUCCAGUGGAUCUGUGGCUUCCUUUCGACGAUCUCUGCACGAUGAGUAUUCCUCCGACUCCCCCUUCUCCUGGUGUCGGCGUCCGACGUAAAGGCCCCAAGAUCCUUCCACGCUUGCCGCUUUCGGCAUUCUCUCCACCCAACUCUGGCACAUCUGAGCGCUUUCCAUUGCCACCCAGUCCGAGCGCCAUUCACCCGGAGCUCAUAAUCGACGCGCAUAUCCUCUUGGCUGGUGGGGAUCUCUCGUCGUGGCGGAAAGAGGCGGGAUCUGAGCUGAGUGGUCGUAUCGGUGGAGUGGUCGUCGGACUGCCCGAGACUGAUCCCGAGAAAUUUGUCGAUGGGUAUGUUCGUGGACCUGGUGGACAUAUCCGAGCAGACAUUGAAUCUUGCUGCUGCAUAGAUUGGCGAAGGAAUCUGGAAUCGAUGUUUUGGCGCUCAUGGUUCCUUUCAAACUGGAGGCGCCUCCGGCUCAGCUGCCCUCCUUCAAGUUCCCAAUCUCGCUUCGCACAACCUUCUCUCAAGCGGAUUCAGCGACCAUCGCUGGGCUGAACUGGGCGCUCAGCCAAGGACGCCUGUGGAUAUCGAUGCCAGUACUCUCACUGAAGAAGGUUUCGAGGGUUUCGAGGACCUGCUUUCUAAAGCCGUUGCUGGGCUCGACGCAGUCCCUCCGAUAAUCAUCUCGAGCAUUCUCCCGCCGCCUCAUGACCUGGAAUUAUCCAUCGUGAAGCUCAUCAACCACCCCACAUACCGGGCGUUCCAAGCACAGACCGCUGCGCUGUCGCUUUUCCCAGAACUCUACGUGAAAUUCCUGCCCCCGAUGUGGGACGCGCCCACACCGUCCACGCCUUCCGACGGCGUGUCUUCGGAUGACUCAAACUCCAAGCAACAGAAAGAAUGGAAGCGGCGCGUGAAGAUGUAUCUUGGGCCCGUCGUCGAGGCCUUUGGAUACCAGCGCAUCAUGUUCGGUUCGUCGCCAUCCCCAGCGUCAACCAGCCCCUCCGCUGCUGGUGACUGGUAUGAUAUCGCUAGGGAGUCGCUGGCAGAAUUGGGUGUUGAGCAAGAAUUCGUGGAUGCUGUAUUUUAUGGGAACGCCAAAAGAGUGUAUGCGUAGUUAAGCAUGUGUGAUUAUAUAAUUUUGUUUUUCACAAGCCUUUCCGACUGUCCCCGCUUGAGCCCG